AUGAAUGGAACCCGAUUAGACAACGACAGCAACCCGAUCGGUAGUCAAGAGGAUAUCGCAGACGAGAUGGCUCGUAGCAAAGCAUAUUUUUAUCAAAUGACAACGUUAGUCAAAGCGCUGGUAUUAUUGUUCUUUGUCGCGGCCAGUGCAGUCACACUGGUGGGAAACGGUCUCGUGAUUAUCAUCAUAGCAAAGAUUCGCCGACUGCAGAUACCAGCAAACAUCACGAUCGUUAAUUUGGCCUGUUAUGACUUCAUGAUUGGACUCGCACUAAUCGCAACCUUUGAUGAUCAUAAACCACUCUUUCGUUGCGUGUCUUUCACGGUCUACGUAGUCACUCUUCUUUACGGGAACAUGCUGGGCAUUGGACUGUCUACGAUCAACAGGUACGUGGCAAUCGUACAUCCGUUACGCUACAACCAGUUAAUGACUGUUAAGCGCACCUGCAUUCUCAUGGGUUUGUGCUUUCUGUACGCACUUGCUUGGGGUAUUGCAGCAGGCAUCGAUAUGACAUAUAGCUGGAGCCCGCUCUCAGUGUGCAUCGUCGACAUAGCGCUCUCGUCCGGUUUCGUGGCCGUUCUUGUCAGUCACUAUAUUAUAUUAUUUAUCAUCAUGACUUACUGCUACACCAUCAUUGCCAGGAUCGCCUGGGACCACACGGUAAGAAUGGCGGCAGCAACAGCUGCAGAAAGAGAGGAAUUUUCUACUUUCGAUGCUAUAAUGAAGAAGUCAAAGAUCAUACUUACCGUGGUCGGCACAUCGUUUAUUCUUCUUGUAUCGCAUAUAAUGCACAUGGCGCUAAGCCACAUCUUUCCGUCAAGUUUCAAAACACUCCGCAUUAUUCGAUUAAUUGCACUGAUAAUGAAUUCAUUGCUGAAUCCAAUCAUUUACUUCUUCAAGUACAAAGACUUUCGUCAAGCCACAAAUGAACUGUUUGGCUGCAAGCCAUCCAGUGUUGUACCGUUUCAACCGAACAUGGGGUAA